GAUCGCACAGUCUGGUCACAUUGAUUCGCUCUUAUUUUCCCGACGUGCACGGUGGACUUUUCAUGGCAACGAUUUUCUUCACGGAGCCCGAACUAGUGGUCGGUCAUGGCCGUAGGGUGCUGUUCGUGAAUCCCAACGACCUGCAGAUAUUCAAGGAGAUCGAGCUCCCUCCCGACCUCGGCCUGAAGGCCCCCUCUUCUGCCGAGCAGGAAUCUUGUCCUUCGAGCGGACAAGGUCCGGGAAAGGAGCAACAGCUUGCUGCUGCGGGUGCCAAGCAGCCGGAAGCCACUGCCUCCGGAUCGGGAGCAGCCAAAGUUGAGGUUCCAACCGUCGUGCAGAAUGUAGCCUACUCACCAGACAGACAGCUGUUGGCUGUGACCACCAAUGGAACCCAAAAAGCGUUAUUGCUGUACCGCGCGCGGCCGGAGAACGCACGCCUGCUCUCGGCCCGACCACUAGCCCGAGCAGCCAGUGCCCUGCGCUUUUGCAGCGACAGCAGCUCCGUUUUGGUCACGGACAAGACGGGCGAUUGCUACCAGUACGACUGUGUGGAGGUGGAGGCCACUCCGCGUCUGCUGCUCGGCCACCUGAGCGUGGUGUACGAUAUCCUGUGGUCGGAGGACCAGCAGCACAUCAUCACCUGCGAUCGGGAUGACAAGAUACGGGUGACCAACUAUCCCGCAACCUUUGACAUCCACAGCUAUUGUCUGGGUCACAAAGAGUUUGUAUCAGGGCUGGCAUUGCUCACCGAUCAGCACAUAGCCUCCGCCUCGGGGGACAAGACGCUGCGCGUUUGGAACUACAUACAGGGCAAGGAGGUUCUGCGGCACGAACUGCCGGCUCCGGCGGUUCGACUGCUGGUGCGGCAACUGGAGCCGGAGCGUAUAUACCAGGCGGCAGUGCUCUUCUACGACCACGUGGAUGCCCUGGGACUGUAUCGCUUGGAGCGUAGCUCAGACGAGACCUGGAGUGUCACGGGCGCGCAAAUGGUGCGUGCCGAGGCGGGCUCCUGGAAUAUCAGCAACUUUACUUUAACAGCCGACAGAAUUUACGUCACCGGCGCGGAGAACGAUCGAUUGAGCCUGAGGGUCUACGACAUUGCCACAGGCCAGCGGGCGACCAACGGAGUUCCCGAAGGAUGGCUGGAAAUGGUGCUGGAGGGGCUGGGCGCCUCAGGGGAGGAGGGACUUCCAUUCGUUCCCGAGGACCUAUCAGUUUGGUUCAAGAAGCGCUUUGACAACGUCAGCGACUAUCUCGAGCGCAAGAAAAGGCGCAUCGAGGAGCAGCAGCAGCAAAAGUGUGGAUAAUCCCAAAAAGAAGCCCGAUAAGAAAAUUACAUAAAGUUUAUCUUUACAUAGCAUUUAAUUAGCGUAUGGAGAAAAGAAACGGACUUUGUGUGACAGGUCUGUUUGUUGGACAUAAUAUAUAUAUCUGUAUAUGUGUGUAAA